AUGAGUACAUGCCCCCUCAUAUCCUUGCUCUCCUUGGACGACUUCAUCCCGUCCUCCAUCCAAGAGACCACGGGCAUCUUGGGCGUCGAGCAGAACUGCCUCGUCGUUGCGUCCCAGGUCCGCGACUCGCUCCUCAAUGACAAGGUCGCCGUGUUCCCACCCGAUCUGCUCCCGUACUUCGACUCCUACGGUGGGCCCAACCUCCUAUACGAGCUCCGCUUCCUGAACGCGCGCCAGCGCGCCAACGCCGCCAGGCACGCCAUCGACUACAGGCUCGAGCCCAAGGGCUCGUGGGAGGCCAUCGACGUGGAGGACCGCAUCGCGGGGCUAGAGCGCGCGCUGCAGGUGGUGGAGACCGAGUCCGGCAGGGUGUGCGUGGAGCUCGAGCUGGAGCGCGACAGGAAGAAGGCGGCUGGGGAGGGGGAGGGGGAGGAGGAGGACCCUGCCGCCUCGUGGCCCGGCGUCAUGGUGGUGCGGCUCCAGUACGACGAGGUCGCCGAGGCGACCACCGUCUUCAUGCUGCCGGUGCUCAGGGAGACGGACGGCGUCGCGGCCAUGGAGUCAACGCCCAGGCGGACCAAGACGGACGUGGACCUUGGCAUUGUGGAGGUAGACAAGGCGUGGGCGCGGUGGGCUGUGGUGCCCGGGUGGGGCCCCGUGGCCGAGGCAGCCGACGACGCCGUCGUCAUCGAGCUGGCCGACGGCCGGAGGCUGCCGUGGCGGACGGCCGAUGAGGAGCCAGUGCUGGUCAUUGCCAACCGGAGCAAGAAGGAGGUCGUGGAGCAGGGGAUAUACAUCUUCGAGAAGGAAGGCCGGCUUGUGGUGGAGAGGGGGAAGAAGCUGGCUGAGCAGGGCAUAGCUGUGGCGGCGGCCGAGGUGGUUAUCAUCGUCCGGCCGCCCAAGGACGAGGACGACAUGAUUAGCGACGAGGAGUGGGACUGA